UAACUCUAUAAAUACUAUUCUCUUUGCAUCAAACUAUUCGAUUCCCAUUUCCACGUUUCUUUCUCAACUUUUUUUCAUUUUCACUUCUCAGAAGAAAAACCAGAACUAAAAGACGUAACAAUGUGCCCUUCCGGACGAACCCUAGCCACGGCGACGACGGCGAACACCGCAAGCGGAACUGGUUUCCGAUCAGCUUUCGAAGUCCUCGACACAGACCGCGACGGAAAGAUCAGCCGCGAAGAUCUCCGUGCUUUUUACGCAGGAUUCUCGAGCUCCGGCGCCGACGAGAGCAAAAUCAUUUCGAUGAUGAAGGCCGCAGACUCAAACGAUGACGGAUUCGUUGAGUACGACGAGUUCGAGCGAGUCCUCGGUUGCACGACGAACCGAUUGCGUGGCGGCGGUGGAGGAGUAAUGGAAGAAGCUUUCAAGGUUAUGGAUAAGGACGGCGACGGGUGGCUGAGCCAUCAAGACUUGAAGAGCUAUAUGGAAAUUGCGGGUUUUCCUACUGGAGAUGAAGAAAUCAAGGCCAUGAUUGCUUUGGGCGGAGGUAAUGAAAAUCAAGGUGUUUCUUAUCAUGGUUGGCUUAAGAUCUUGGCCGUUGAUUAAGCUUUGACUAAGAUUGUAUAAUUUUUGUUUAAUAUAAAUUAAAAAAAAAAAUUGAAGCGGUGAUAGGAGUAGAACUCGAGGUUUCCAGCUCACCAGAAAGAUUCGAUAGUAGUUUCUAGAAGAAGAUUGUAAAAUAAAAAAAAAUAAAUAAAAAAAAUUGUGGUUAUUAUUGGAAGGGCAUAAUAGUAAUAUUAAUUACUAUUAUGUUGUUUUGAAGAAUGUUGUGAUGCAUUACUGUCCACGUACCAAUUUGGAAAAUUGUAACCACGUAAGACUCUUUUCUAUUGGGUGUGCACGUGAUUUACAAGUAAUAAUAUGAACACUAUUGAAUUUGAA